ACUCAUUUGAAACGAUGAAUGGGAACGAAGCCGAGGAGAAAACUGGGAAACACGCCAUUCCGGGCUCAAAUGUUCUCACAGGUCCCAAGGACGAGUAACCUGCGGUGAAACCUGCUUCCUGGACACUUCACACAGACUCACAUAGGUGCAACAUGGACAUUGAGGAGCACCACUCAAACAUCUCAGCCAUUCAGGGUGAGCUCCAGCCGGCUCCUAUGGGUGCAGGUGACAUGGAGGCUGUGGAGGUUCUGAUGUCCAUGACUAAGCACUGGAAGACAAGGCCCUUCAGGCUGAGACACUUCAGACCUCUCACUCCGUCCUCAGACUGCUCAGAGGACGACUCAGUCUCUGCUGGUUCUGUACUGUUGCAUGACUCUCUUUUGUGCAUGACACCACCGUACAGUCCACCCCACUGUGAGGCCACCUCUCCACCCUCAGCGUUGAAACCACACCAACCAGCAGAAGAGACUCCUCUGUACAAACAAGCUGCUGUUUCUCAGCAGAAGUUCCAGUGCACCAGCGUAAUCCGACACACAGCAGAAGGCCAGCGUCGCUCCUGUAAUGUUCAUCGCUUCUCAAAGGAACAUGAACCCACUUGGGUUAAAAAAGAAGCCUCUGAAGCAGAUACAAACUCUAAAGAUGUGUUGACUAGUAGAAACUCUGAUCAGAGCAUUGCAACACAGAAAGCUUUCACUGAGACUUUGCCAAAUGUGGUUGAAUCCAGUCUUUUAGACCUGGAGGAUUAUUCCACACCACAGUCUGUCCCUGGUGGUGAUGUUCGGGUCUCUCCUGUGCCCGUCUACUGCCAGAUUGUUCCUGUCUCUUCUCCUUCCCCUGUUGUUGUUCCAACUCCUGUCACAACCUCUGAGAGUCAGCAGCAGCAGCAGCACCUACUGCCGGCCCCAUCACCGGUCACCACUGUGUCACCACAACAGCAGCACAAACCAGAAUAUGCACCACCACAACCCCAAACUGCUUCUGCACAGGUCUUCUUUGUAGGGGGUCAGGUGGCAAAAGGUCCUGUAAUGCUGCUCGUCCCUCAGCCAUCUGUUCCAACUCUCUACGUCCAGCCUGCACUGAUGACCCCUGCUGGCACCAAAUUAGCAGCCAUCGCCCCCGCACCAGGUCGGGUCCCAUCAGUGCAACGACAGACCCCACAGCAGCCGAAAGUGUCCCGUGUCCGCAAUCAUGUCUGUCCCCACGGAGACUGCAACAAAACCUACUUCAAGAGCUCCCAUCUCAAGGCCCACAUGAGGACACAUACAGGUGAGAAACCCUUCAAGUGCAAGUGGGAGGGAUGUGAGAGGCAGUUUGCUCGGUCAGAUGAACUGUCGCGUCACCGACGAACCCACACUGGAGAGAAAAGGUUCGCCUGCCACAUGUGCUUGAGCCGCUUCAUGCGCAGUGACCACCUGGCCAAACACGCCCGACGACACCUGGCAGUGAGGGGGACGCCCUGCUGGACCGCUUCCAUACUCAGUGUCAGUUCAACAAAGUCUCUGUGAGGCGUCAUGGGACAGAGAAAACUGUCAAACCAAGUGUGAGACUGAAUCUGAGUGCUCUGAGGACUGUGCACCUGACUUUUCCAUGUCAAAAGUCUGCUGAUAAAAAGGCAGUUGUGCAACUUCACUGAACUGACAGCUGAGUUAAGCUGCAUGCGAAGUCUUUUGUCGUCUUGCUGCUCUUCAGUGAUUAUAGAAGAAUCUGAGAAGUAUGAGGCUGUUUACAUUCAGCGUCCGACUACUGUACCACCUUGUGCCAAGAAAUUACACUGAAUAUGUAUAGUAUUCUGUAGCUGUUUUUAUAAAUAAUCUCAAAUGUGUUUACAUGUCAGUGAUUUGACCAAAGAAUGUCAAAUGUUGUUCUUUUGUGCCAUAUAAGAAUGUAUUUGUUUAAAGACAUUUUUUGCACAAUGCUGUUUUCUUGGAGGGAACGUAGAAUUCUUUAUUAAACUUCAAGUAUUUUCUAUUAUUUAUUA